AUCGGCGCAUUGCGCGUGCUCGAAGCUCAUCGUUUCCGGAGUAAAAGAGAAACAGACUCACUCUCUGUGUGCUGUUGCUCGCCGGCACCGAUUUCAGUUCGUGUUAUUGUGAACGAGAGAGAGAGAGAGAUAAACCGGAGUAUACGUGUGCCAUAUUGGGAAACCGGAGUAUACGUGUGCCAUAUUGGGAAACCGGAGUAUACGUGUGCCAUAUUGAGAAACCGGAGCACGUGGCGGUGUCGAGUCGGUGCCGAGUUUGGUUCGUGUUACUGUGAACGAGAAAGAGAGAGAGAGAGAGAGAGAGACAAAUCGGAGUAAAAUAACAAACGUGUGUAUUGGGAAACCGGAGCACGUGACGGUGUCGAGUCGGUGCCGAGUUAACUAUAAAUGGUGUGUACUUUCUGUAAUACAAUUCAUUUUAAUUUUAAUUAAGGGCGUGUUAUUUCAUACUUAAAAUAAUAAAGUCAGAGGCUAAUUUUGUAGGUUUUGUACGUUUAUUAAGAUUAUUUAUUGUCUCUGAAAAUGCCCAAAAAAUUUUUUAAUUUGUCGAAACGUCAACAAAACCGGCGAACUUUACUUUCUUACAAUUUGGAUCGUGAAGUAGCUUCUCAGCCGGCUGUACUUCCAAAUGUUGACGAUAAUCCAAUUGGUGGUCCAUCAUGUUCAUUGGCUUUAGAAUUUGAUGAGAUUGAAGAUCAAUCAAAUAUGAUGCAGGUCAAUGAUGCUUCAUCAGAUAUUAGUCACUCUGACACAUACAAUUCUAAUAGUGUUUCAUCAUACGACACAAGCAUCGUCAGUGAUGACGAAUUUCAAAUUAACCCGCAUCCGGAAAAUAUGCAUUUGCCUUUGGCAGGUGAACUGUGUAAAUGGGCAAAUGAAUUUCAAAUUAAUCAAAAUGCAUUAACAUCAUUAUUACAAAUUCUGUCAAGACAUGGGCAUAAUGAUUUACCUCGGGAUGCACGAACACUUUUGAAUACCCCAAGACCAGGUAUAUCCAGGCUCAUAAUAUUAGAACUCUUUCCAAAGGUCACUACGGCUUAUUAAAAGCGCUUACAUC